GCGAGCGAGCGGAGGGACAGUUCGACGGCUUCCGCCAGAAAUUGUAAAUUAUUCUCUCGGAACGAACAAAAGAGGGGCUGUGGUAGUGCCGCCCAUACUACGAGAGUAUCUUGAAAGAAUAAGAGAGAAGAACUGGAGAGGAAGGUGUGGGGCUGUUUGUAGUCGACCGCGUUGCGUUGGCUUGUCGGUUGUUGGCGCAGUGCGCUCGGCUCGCGCUUCGCUCCCCUUCUCUCCCUCCCGCCUCUGUGCCACAUUUCGGAAGAGGAAAGACACCCCCCAUGGCAUUGGCUCGUUAACUCGUUCAGCUGCCGUCCUUUCCGAGCCGGUAUGAGCAGGUUAGCCGCCGGUUGACCGCGGCUAACGGAACCGCCGGGCUCCAUCCGUGUGGGACAUGGUCCAGCAGGAGAAGACCAUGGAGUCCAGGCAGCAAGCGGAGGACGCGGGCGCCUCGAGCCCCGGGACCGCCGAGGGCUCCAUCGAGGAGCCGGGCGGAGUGGAGAGGAGCGGCCGCCGGAAGUUCAUCAGCGGGGUCGUGGAGGGCUUCUAUGGGCGCCCGUGGACGAUGGAGCAGAGGAAAGAGCUGUUCCGAAGGCAACAAAAAUGGGGGCUGAACACAUACUUGUAUGCUCCAAAGGAUGACUGCAAGCACAGAAUGUUCUGGAGAGAGAUGUACUCUGUGGAAGAAGCAGAACAACUCAUGACCCUCAUGGCAGCUGCUAAAGAACAUGGCAUUGAAUUUAUAUAUGCCAUCUCCCCUGGACUUGACAUCACAUUUUCUAGUCAGAAAGAGGUUUCUACACUCAAGAGGAAGCUGGAUCAGGUCUGUCAGUUUGGGUGCAAGUCCUUUGCCUUGCUCUUCGAUGACAUUGACCCCAACAUGUGCCCGGCAGACAAGGAGGUGUUCAGUUCUUUUGCUCAUGCCCAAGUGUCAAUUACCAAUGAAAUCUUUCAGUACUUGGGAGAACCGGAGACAUUUCUUUUCUGCCCCACAGAGUAUUGUGGGACGUUCUGCUGUCCCAAUGUCCCCCAGUCACCUUAUUUGAGGACUGUUGGUGAGAAGCUACUCCCGGGGAUCGAUGUGCUCUGGACAGGUCCAAAAGUUGUUUCAAAAGACAUAACAGUGGAGUCCAUCGAGGAAGUGUCAAAGAUCUUGAAGAGAGCCCCAGUCAUCUGGGACAAUAUCCAUGCCAAUGACUAUGAUCAGAAGCGCCUCUUUCUGGGUCCCUACAAAGGCCGUUCUACAGAGCUGAUCCCCAGGCUUAGAGGGGUGCUCACUAACCCUAACUGUGAAUUUGAGUCCAACUUUGUAGCCAUCCACACCCUGGCUACCUGGUACAAGUCCAACAUGAAUGGUGUGCGGAAGGAUGUCGUCAUGACGGAUGGCGAGGACUCGGCGGUGUCCAUCCAGAUUCGACUGGAGAACGAGGGCAGCGAUGAGGAGCUGGAGACAGACAUGCUGUACAGUCCCCAGCUAGCCCUGAAACUGGCUCUCACAGAGUGGCUGGGGGAGUUUGGGGAGCCCCAUCAGUACAACAGCCGUCAGGUGCCGCACAGUGGCCCUAAGAGCUCAGCCAUUGACGUGGCCACACUGGUUUCCCCGAACCUGGGCUCAAGUACCACUGUGACCACAGUAUACCAACAGCCCAUUAUGAGUCAGGCAGCUGGCUCAGCUGAAGGCGAACAACAGCCCCCAAAGCGCGAGCCUGAGGAGGAGCCUAUGGAGACAGCUGCGGAGAAGCCAGAUGAGACGGACACUCCAGUUGCCAAGGCAACAGAGGAGCUGAAGCCUAUGGACACAGACAGGGAGGCUGUAAGUGAGGUGGCCUCCACAGAGGCAGCAACAACCUCUGUUCAGGAGGACCCAGGCAGUGAUGUGGCACCCAUGCAGACAGAUGAGCAGCUGGGCAGGGAGCCCUUUGUGCCAGGCCCUGAUGAAAAGCCACUGUACACAGCAGAGGCGCUCACUCUGGAGGACCUGAACCUGCUGGCAGAACUCUUCUACCUACCCUAUGAACAUGGCCCUAAAGCGGCACACAUGCUCAGGGAGUUCAACUGGCUACGUGCCAACAGUGGAGUGGUCAGUGUCAACGCCAAGAGCAAAGAUCCCGAAAAGGUGGCAGAGUGGCAGGGGAGAGCGGACAAGUUUGAGGAGAUGUGCUGUGCUGUCAUUCGCAUGUUCACCAGGCUCUCAAACUCCGCCAACAGGACUAUCCUCUAUGACCUCUACCCCUACAUCUGGGAUAUCAAGAGCAUAGUAUCCAUGGUCAAAUCUUUUGUCCAGUGGUUAGGGUGCCGUAGUCAGUCAUCGGCACAGUUCUUAAGCGGAGACCCAGAGCCGUGGGCCUUUAGGGGCGGCCUAGCAGGGGAGCUGCAGCGGUUGUUGCCGAUCGAUGGGGCUAACGAUCUUUUCCACCAGCCACCACCUUCCUUGCCAACCUCCAAGAUCUACUCCAUAAGACCGUACUUCCCCAAGGAUGAGCCUGAAGUGUACAGGAUCUGUCGGGAGAUGUACAAGGAGGGGGUAGAUGGAGGCCCUUUCCCAGAGCAGCCUGAUUUGAUUGGAGACCGGUUUGUGGGAGGUCUCCUGAACCUCAGCCCCGACUACGGCUUCGUCCUUGAGGACGAAGAAGGAAUCUGCGGGUAUGCACUGGGCACGGCUGACGUCAAGCCCUUCGCCAAGAAGUGCAGGAUGAGUUGGAUCCCCAGUAUGCAGGAGAAAUACAGCAAGCCUGAUUCUGAGAAGGACUUGUCUGAAGCAGAGAAGAUGAUGUUGAGCUUCCAUGAAGAGGAAUAUGAAGAUGGCUUACCAGAGACCUUCCUCAGCAACUUCCCAUCCCUGAUCAAGGUGCAGAUCCACACCAAAGUCACAGAUCCUAGUGUGGCCAAGAGCAUGAUGGGAUGCCUACUGUCAUCACUCAAAGCCAAUGGCUCUCACGGUGCCUUCUGCGAGGUGAGGCAGACCGAUAGACGAAUGUUAGACUUCUACAGUAAACUGGGCUGCUUCGAAGUGGCCAAGAUGGAAGGUUUUCCAAAGGAUGUGAUUAUUAUGGGGCGGAGUCUGUGAGCCUGGGACCGGCUCAGAGCGUGGGCGUGACGGGAGAGUUGGUGGGUUGGCGCUGCUGCUUCCUGCGGGGAGAAGCGUAGAGCUGCAGUGUACGGACCUCAGCACACGAAGGUAUCGCUCCAGUGUCUGGAAGUGCUUACAAGGUCUCCAUGUGACAAUGUUGUCAAAUGUGCUUUGCCGCUCACAACACGAGUUCCAUCCUCAAAGGAGGCAGGUUAUCUUAAGUGUCUGAAAGAGCACCUCAAGAGUUCUCAGUAGUUCGUCCUUUUUUUUUUUUUUCUUUUUUUUUUUUUUUUUUUUUGAGGAGUAGGGUGGUGGUGGACAUCAGUUAAACAGCACUUCACCGGGUGUUAUACAUUGUAUUCACAGCACAGGGGAGAGGACACAGGUGCGAGUAAGGCCCUUCAAGUGAUUACAGAGCUCCCGUGUGAACAGAAACUGGCAUGUAAGCCUGGGUCAGCUGGUGCCUUGGCACGUGCGAACGUGCCAGUUUCAGUAUUAUGCCUUCAGAAAGCAGGGUGCAGUAAAACACACAAAAUGCUCAUGUACUUCCUUAAUUCUUGUGGUUAUCAGUACCGAAGCAGAAGCAUUGACCUUCCUUUCACAACUUAACACUUAAUGUUUUCAUUAUGCGGUUUGGCCCAAAUGUGCCCCUGUUGUUCAAUGUGUUUCUCACCCUUGAGAAUUCUGAUGGAACCUAUUAAUUUGUCAGACAAUUUGUAUGUGGUAAUAUUCUGAACACCUACGCCUCACAAGUGGAGACACUUAAAGCACUGGCCUUUAUUUCUUCUUUUUUUUUAAAAAAAGCCUUGUAGAUCAUAAGUGUCCCUGAUAAUUCCCAGUGGGGCUUACACUCACUCAUACUGUGUUUUUGCCGAACUCUUUGGGUGCAACAGUGCACCUGUUCUGUGAUGCAAAUUGCAAUACCCAGAUUUUUUUGUUUUGUUUAAGUAAUUGUCUAAGCCUUUAUGAUUGCUUAUGGUAGAAUUUGUAGUCUUCUUUUGGCUUUAUUCUUGCUGCAGUGUAUAGAUGCUGGAACCAGAACUAAUGCAGUUACUUGGUAUGAUCAAUGUGCCCUUUAUUCAAAAGCUUUGUUGAAUUUUUCUUGCUGACUUCUUUAACUUUAGGUAGUUCCAUCACCCCCAUGUUGUUUCAUCAUGUCAGAGAACUUUGAUCAGUGUGUCAGAUAUUCUCUACCAAUACUGUAUGUGUGAAGGGUGGGUGGCAGGGUGAUGUCCUGGAUGGUACAGGCUUCUCAAUUCACGUUUGCUGUGAUCAUGCUGUAGUUGACAAGGUAUUUGGUUUAUACCUCUGAAUUAGAUGACUAGGGCAUAAUUCGGAUAAAGUGAACAUUUACAUCACUGUAUUAGGUUUAUUGAAGGAAUGUUACACUAUGUUCUACUUAGAAUUUACAGUGUUUUCCUUGCAGUAUGUUAAUUUUUACAGCUUUUCUUUGGAGCGCUUAUUACGCAAGGGUUUUGAGCCAACAGCCUUGUGGUUAUGAUGAGCCUGGUUUCCUCACCACUACUCCUCAUUGAUGUCUGUGUAAAGAAUGUGAAUAAUUUCUGUAAGUAUUCUGUAUGUAAUUUAAUAUAAUUACAGUGUUUGAAUUUUAAUAAAGUUUCUUCU